AUGAGGCGCGUCUCCAAUCGUCCACAGAUGUGCCCGGCGCCUGGUCCCCAGUGGCGGCAAAUGCGAACACCAUCUCUCCAACGGCCACCGUGCCAUCCCCCUCAUCCCUCACCGCUAUGCCUCAUCUCUUCACCCCCAGCGCUUCUCCGAGCGCAGAGGGCGCCUGAGAGGCACAUAGGCAGGUGCGCGUCGGCCACUACCGGCGGGAUUGGGGAUGGCGGGGCGGAGACGGUGUCAGACGGGUCGGGGAGGCCGCCGUCGCGGUGGGCCCGGUUCAAGAAGGCCGUGUUCGGGGACGCGGCGCUGGAUAGGCAGCGCCUGAAGGACCUGGGCCUGGGCGCCCUCUUGUCGUACUUCUUCGUGAGCAACACCACCAACGGGACCUUCGUGGUGAUCGCGUGGAUCACGCACGUCAAGAGGACCGGCCUCACGCCCCUCGCGAAGGGCCAAUGGCCUGCCUUUCUGGCGGUGUAUGCGGGACUGUUUGCUCUGCAGAACAUCAUGCGACCAAUCAGGCUGGGUGUGGCAUUGGCACUGACGCCCUUCGUGGACCGCUUGAUGCGAUUCAUACAGACUAAGCUGUCCAUGGCCAAGCCCAAGGUGUUUGGCCUGCUGCUGUUCUGCGUGGCUGUGUACACAUUCAGUUAUGUGGGAUUUAUGGCUUGGGUGUUUGGGGGCUUCCCAGGGGCCCCAUCGCCAGUGAGAAUACGAUGA